AUUGUGAUGCCGCACCGCGCAUGCGUGUAACUCUCCAUCACUCCUCCCUCAUCCGCGCGGCCUUGGUUUAGUUUCCCUGAGCGUGAGCGCGCACCGUGCACGCGCUCUCGGCACCUGCUUUUCUGUAGAAGGGUGUCAUUAUUUGGCAGGGAGCGGCACCAGAGACACGAGCAGUGCGUUUCCUCCCUGAGAACGACAACGGCGUGGAUUCGUGUUGUAUCCUGAGCAGCAGCUCACAGGAGGAGGAUUUUCUUCCGUGCUUCCGGCGUGUUGCUGUUCCCUGGAGGACUGUCUCUUUUUUACUAUUUCUUUCUUUCUGUCUUCUCUAUUUCGAAAGGAACAAACGCGCUCUCAUCUCCUAAGUAAUCAUGACAAGCGCAACGUCCCCCAUCCUGCUGAAAUGGGACCCGAAGAGUCUGGAGAUCCGCACUCUGACCGUGGAGAGGCUGCUGGAGCCGCUGGUCACACAGGUGACCACGCUGGUGAACACCAGUAACAAAGGACCGUCCAGUAAGAAGAAGGGUCGCUCCAAGAAGGCCCACGUCCUGGCCAUGUCUGUAGAGCAGGCCACGCAGAACUUCCUGGAAAAGGGCGAGCAGAUCGCCAAGGACAGUCAGGACCUGACGGAGGAGCUGAUCACUGCUGUGGAGGAGGUCAGGAAACAAGGUGAGCGCUCAUUUCCAAAGGACUCGUCAUCCCAACAGCACAAAGCGUUCUUCCUCUUUAGGCCCAUUACGUCUCGCUCCUCACAUUUCUGCUCAAAAAUUAAAUUAAGGCUGGAUUACUGCGCCGUGCAGAUCAGCGCUACGUCACAACAGACACCUUCACACAGAACCUUCUCCUCUUCUCAGGAUCACAUUAAAGGUUUCGGCUUUAAUUCAACUCACAAUGAGCUGAAGGAUCCUCAGUGUCGGGACGAGAUGGCGGCGGCUCGUGGAGCUCUGAAGAAAAACGCCACCAUGCUGUACACGGCGUCUCAGGCUUUCCUGCGCCACCCAGACGUCGCAGCCACCCGCGCGAACCGAGACUACGUCUUCAAACAGGUGCAGGAAGCCAUCGGGGGAAUCUCCAGCGCCGCCCAGGCCACGUCCCCCACAGAGGAGAAGCACGGACACGCCGGCAUCGGAGAGCUCGCCGCCGCCCUCAACGAGUUCGACAAUAAAAUCAUUCUGGACCCCCUGACAUUCAGCGAGGCUCGUUUCAGACCUUCGCUGGAGGAGCGUCUGGAGAGCAUCAUCAGCGGCGCCGCCCUCAUGGCCGACUCGUCGUGUACGCGUGACGACCGUCGAGAACGCAUCGUGGCCGAGUGCAACGCUGUGCGCCAAGCGCUACAGGAUCUGCUCAGCGAGUACAUGAACAACGUGAGUGCGAUUCUUCUGUUUGCUGAGAUCAGACACGUUAUAUAACAGUAAAUCAAUUCU